CGCCGAGCGGGGAGGUGGGCGGGGCCGGAGCUGCCUGCGGGGCUGCGGGGCUGGUCCCAUUGACAGAUACAUCCUGCCGGGCAAAUUCCUCCGGGUGCCGCGUUGAAAUGAGCCGCUUCCUGAACGUACUACGCAGCUGGCUGGUUAUGGUGUCCAUCAUCGCCAUGGGGAACACCCUACAGAGCUUUCGGGAUCACACCUUCCUCUAUGAAAAGCUGUACACCGGCAAGCCCGACCUCGUGAACGGCCUCCAAGCUCGGACCUUUGGAAUCUGGACCCUGUUGUCCUCGGUGAUACGCUGCCUUUGUGCCAUUGACAUCCGCAAUAAGACGCUCUAUCACAUUACCCUGUGGACCUUCCUCCUUGCCUUGGGACACUUCCUCUCAGAGGUAUUUGUGUAUGGAACGGCAGCUCCAACAAUUGGUGUCCUGGCCCCACUGAUGGUGGCAAGUUUCUCCAUCAUGGGCAUGCUGAUCGGAUUGCAGUACCUGGAAGUGGAACCAGUAUCCCGCAGCAAGAAGAGAAACUGAGGCAUCACACGUUGUAGCGUCAUCUCCCCACCUCUGGGCCAUCCUUGCCAAACUGACAUAGCCUGAUUGGGAACCCGGGCAAAUCACUCUCUAUCUCUAGUGGUUUUCCUUUCCCACUCUAUCGUGGGCUUCUUCCCUGACCUGCAAACCUCCCAACUUUCAGAGCCAGUGCAAUUGCCAGGUUCCCCCAUCACAGCAACCCUCACUCCUUUUUCGGUUGGUUUUCCUUUUUUGGAGGACUUGGCUCUCUGGGGAGAUGCCCGGUGCUACCAUGCCCCAGAGCAGCGGGGGUGAAUGAAAGGUCAGUGGCUUCAGCUCUGCUGCCACAAACGGUGGCCUCUAGGACUCCUCCAACACCCCCCGCCUCCCUAGGGGAGGAGUGUUCCCUGAAGGCCUCAACAUUCCUGCAGGAGUUUCUGGGAGCAAAGGACCUGGCGUCAGCCCACCCCCUGGCACCUGGGUUUCCCUGGAGACUCUCUAAUUGUCAGUGCUCGUGAGGUGUGUUUUGUAAUAAACGAGAGAAAACUGUUUAGUAGAUAA